AUGUUAGUGUACGAGUACAUGGAAAAUAGAAGCCUUGAUGCCAUUUUGUUUGACAAAGCUAAAAGAUCCACACUAGACUGGCGAACACGCUUCAACGUUAUAUACGGAAUAGCUAGAGGACUUCUUUAUCUUCACCAAGAUUCGAGAUUUAGAAUCAUCCAUAGAGAUCUUAUGGCAAGCAACAUUCUACUUGAUCAAGAGAUGAACCCAAAGAUAUCAGACUUCGGGAUGGCUAGAAUUUUUGGCACGAAUCAGACAGAGGCAAAUACAGUUAAAGUCGUUGGAACAUAUGGUUAUAUAUCUCCUGAAUAUGCUAUGGACGGAAUCUUCUCAAUGAAAUCAGAUGUUUUUAGUUUUGGCGUACUUGUAAUGGAGAUCAUAAGUGGAAAAAAGAACCGAUGUUUCAUUAGCACAAUCACUAACAAAUAG